UAAGAUGUCAGAACCCUGCUACUAGAGCCUGGAUGUGGCUCUGAGUUUCAGGGUCACUGACAUUGAUAAGACACCUGCGUCCCAGGACUCGGAGGAGAAACGGCUGAUGGACUUGGCGGGGAAUUUGCGCGGGGUUUUACUGAGCGGGAAGAGACUGUUCAAAUGAGGGGGAGGGUAUAUAAAGGAGGGUUGGCCGGAGCCUCCCAUUCUUGGCUUUUCUGAUGUUCAUGUUUCCUACAGUAAAAGUUCCUGGUGAUACCACAGAGAGUCUCGUGUGUUCAUUCAGGAGCGGCUGUGGUGAGCUGACACUAAGCCAAGAAUACGGACACCAUCCCGCUGUAGCGGUGAGGUGUAACAUGCAAGUGGAGGAUGAAGAGCUCUUGGGCGCCGGAGGAGGAAGGUCGGAAAGGGCCACUCCCGAGACGGACGCUGAGUUCCACCAGCUGGCGGCCCUGGCGUCAUCCACCGCUUAUGCCCAGCCAAAUGGGGUAACCCAGAGGCGCGGAGUGGUGCGGGGAGAUAGCACCGGAGGAGAGGAAGGUUCACCUUCCCCAGGCCCGCAAAAGAUGGUGUUUCUGGAGGAGAGGAUGUCGGCGAUGGAGACCACCCUGGCAGUGAUGUCGAGGGCGAUGGAGCGCCUGGCGGUUUUGGCGGAGCCGGAGCGAGGAAGGGAACUCCGGGCUAGCUCAAUGUGGGACGUGAGCAUGGGAAGCAGCCAGGGCUUUGCAGACCUCCCAGCACCGAAGGGAAGGGAAAUGCGAAAGGAGCCCGGUGCCCGGCCCAAGAUCCAAACGAGCCUGACGCGGGUGGAGGAGAGUGACGACGAAGGGGAAAAGCCUCCGAGAAUCCCGGCUACGCUCCCAACUGAGACCCUGGUGCCCCUGGCGAAUGCCGGGCGUGGCACAGGACAAAGGGAAGCAGCAGCGGGGCCCACUGGCCCGCAAGGGGGCUUGCGACGGGCGGAGGAUUGGGGAUUGCCACCACAGGGACCCCUACCGAGACGAGAGGAACUAAGGAUCGAGUUUGGGGGAGAGUCCUCUGAACUGGAUUUUUUCCUGACCACGGUGAGGGGCUAUAUGGAGGACAAUGCCCACACUUUUAGAACGGAAUCCAGCCGGGUACGGGCCAUUGGUGCAGUGUUGAAGAGGGGAGCGGCCAGCUGGUACGUUCAACUACACGCGCGGCGCGACCCAUGUCUGGGGUCACUCCGACGCUUUAUGGGGGCCCUGGAGACCCGUUUCCGAGAUCCACUGGAGCAGAUCCGGGCGAGGGAGGAGUUGAAGACCGUCUCCCAGGGGCAGAGGUCGGUAUCUGAGUAUGCGGAGGAGUUCCAAUGCCUCGCUGAAAAGGUGCCGGAAUGGUCUGCAGUGACAAAGAUAGAACUCUUCAAAGAGGGGCUCAGGCGGGAGAUCCUCUCCUGGGCGGUGCAUCGUGAUGAGCCUGACACACUGCGCGGAUGGAUUCAGCUGGCGGGGCGCAUCGAGACAUCGCUGGCCCAGGCGAGGAGGCACCGAGGAGGGCUACAGCAGCGGCCGCAGAUGAAAGAGGGGAGCCGGAAGGAGGGAUCAACCCCAGCCGGGAGGAGAACGGAGCCGACAGGGAACGUGAGCACCAGCAGGAGGGGCUGCUUCGUGUGCGGCCGUUUGGGCCACAGGGCUGCCGAGUGCUGGCAGAGAAAAGGGGAAGGCGGAGGCCCGCCCAAACCAAGAGCCGUGGCAGGGAAACGCGCCGAGGAAGAACCACCGAUGAGGCACCACUCGGGGGGGUUGGACGAAGGGGAGGAGGACGCCAUGUCAGAACCCUGCUACUAGAGCCUGGAUGUGGCUCUGAGUUUCAGGGUCACUGACAUUGAUAAGACACCUGCGUCCCAGGACUCGGAGGAGAAACGGCUGAUGGACUUGGCGGGGAAUUUGCGCGGGGUUUUACUGAGCGGGAAGAGACUGUUCAAAUGAGGGGGAGGGUAUAUAAAGGAGGGUUGGCCGGAGCCUCCCAUUCUUGGCUUUUCUGAUGUUCAUGUUUCCUACAGUAAAAGUUCCUGGUGAUACCACAAA